AGAAGCAGACGUCCAAGCCCCUUCUCUCCACAAAAGCCCGCGAACCCAACCACUCUGGGCGGCCGCCUCAGCCCGAGCGCCAAAAAUGGCGGCAACUGCCAUCUCUUCUUCUCUCCUUUUGCUCAUCAUGGUAUCCUUCUACUCUGAAGCCGCAUCCCAGCCGGCAACAACUGACGGAGAAAGGCAGAUUCUCCUCCAGAUCAAGAAGGACUGGAGAAAUCCCUCGGCUCUCGAGUCUUGGAACAACUCCACCUCCGCCAACCACUGCACCUGGACCGGAAUCGGAUGCUCCGCUAAUGGCUCUGUCACCAAUAUCACACUCGUCAGCCAAAACAUCAGCCAACCUAUCCCCGCCACCAUCUGCGAGCUGAGAAGUCUCUCCUUUCUCGACCUCAGUUCCAACUACAUCACCACCUCCUUUCCCAAGUCCCUCUACAACUGCUCCAAACUCCAGUACCUCGACCUCUCCCAAAACUACUUCGUCGGCGUCAUCCCCUCCGAUAUCUACCGUCUCUCUCCCCGUCUCACCACCCUCAUCCUCUCCGCCAAUAACCUCACAGGAGACAUUCCCCGCUCCAUCGGCCGGCUCCCGGCGAUGAUCGAAUAUCUCGCUCUCAAUAACAACCUCUUCAAUGUGUCCUUCCCAGCUGAGCUCGGCAACCUCUCAAACCUCCAGACCCUAUGGCUUGCAUAUAAUCCCUUCGCGCCGACAACGAUCCCUCCAACUUUCCGCAGAUUGACCAAGCUGAGCUACUUGUGGAUGACCCAGACUAACUUGAAGAGCGAGAUCCCUGAGUUCAUCGGAGAAUUGACGCAGAUGUACCAAUUGGACCUAUCGGAGAACUCCCUCAGUGGAAGCAUACCCGCCGGAAUCUGGAAUUUAAAGAACUUGCAGUUCCUAUAUUUGUAUAAAAACAAUCUUGCUGGAGAGAUCAAGAUCGAUGGAGCGAUCGGUGCGUUAGAACUGGAAGGGCUGGACGUCUCCAUGAAUCAAUUGAAUGGAUCCAUCCCGGAGGAAUUCGGCAAGCUUCGGAAACUCUCCGUCCUCUUGAUGUACUACAACCGGUUUUCCGGCGAGAUCCCUCCGAGCAUCGGCCUCCUCCCGGCGCUGACCGACCUCCGGCUCUUCAACAACAGUCUCACCGGGGUUCUACCGCCACAACUGGGGAAAUACUGCCCGCUGUGGAAUGUUGAGGUCGAUGACAACAUGAUCUCCGGUAAGCUGCCGGAGAAUCUCUGCGCCGGUGGAGCUCUGUCCUCGAUCAUCGUAUCUGACAACAACCUCACUGGCAACCUGCCGGCGUCUCUCGGCAACUGCUCCACCCUCAGCAACAUCAUGAUCCAAAGAAACAGAUUCUCCGGCGACUUCCCCGCGGGGAUCUGGUCCUCGGCGGUUAACCUCACGACGGUGGUCAUGCACGACAACGCCCUCUCCGGCACCUUGCCGGACAAGCUGCCAUGGAAUCUCACCCGGCUGGAGAUGGGGAACAACCGAUUCUCCGGCAAUCUCCCGUCGUCGGCGGGGAAUAUUUUGGUCUUCUUGGCGGACAACAACUCGUUCUCCGGCGAGAUCCCGACGAGCAUGACCGGACUCUCCCAGCUCCAGACUCUAUCACUCGGAGGGAACGAGAUCUCCGGUGAGAUCCCGCCGGCGAUAUCGACGCUGAAAGCGCUCACCGCGCUCAAUCUCAGCCACAACCAGCUCACCGGGGAAAUCCCCGCAUCGAUCGGGUCGCUGCCGGUGCUGGACACCCUCGACCUCUCGGCAAACCAGCUCUCCGGCGUGAUUCCGACGGCGAUCGGUAACCUCAGGCUCAACGCUCUCAAUCUCUCCUCCAACCAACUCUCCGGCGAGAUCCCGAUUUCGCUCCAGAACCCAGCAUACGAUCAGAGCUUCCUCUCCAAUCCGCGACUUUGCGCAUCUGACCUGCUCCUGAACGUCCGAUCCUGCAAACAAGGAUCGCGCGGGUCAAAUGGGUUGUCCCGAGGUGUGCAGAUCAUGUUCAUCGUCCUCGGUAUACUAAUCUUCGUGAUCGCUGCCGGUUUCGGCAUGCUCCUGAUCUGGGACCGCCGGUGGAGAAAAGAUGGCGACGAUCUUGCCAAGUGGAAGCUGACCUCUUUCCAGUCGUUGGAUUUCACGGAAUCCACCAUCCUCCGAGGGAUGACGGAGGAUAACCUCAUCGGGAGCGGCGGGUCUGGAAAGGUUUACAAGAUCCACCUCGGAAAUCGUGCAAGAGAGAUCGUGGCCGUUAAAAAGAUCUGGAACAGCAGAAAAUUGGAGUCCAAAUUGGAAAAGGAGUUUCAAUCAGAGGUCGAGAUCUUGAGUUCGAUCAGGCAUACAAACAUCGUCAAGCUGCUCUGCUGCAUCUCGAGCGUUGAUUCGAAGCUCUUGGUGUACGAGUACAUGGGGAAUGGUAGCUUGGAUCGGUGGCUCCACAUGAAGCGGGGGGUGGAGGCUGCGUCGAUAGUCCGAGGUGGAUUAGAGAGUCGUCCACGACCGUUGGAUUGGCCAGCUAGGCUAAGGAUUGCUGUUGGGGCAGCACAGGGAUUGUGCUACAUGCAUCAUGAUUGCUCGCCCCCGAUAGUACAUCGGGAUGUGAAGUGCAGCAACAUAUUAUUGGAUUCGGAGUGCAGAGCUCGGAUUGCCGAUUUUGGUCUGGCCCGGAUGGUGGCCGAGUCUGGCGAGCUCGACACAACAUCGGCCAUAGCAGGUUCUUUUGGAUACAUGGCUCCAGAGUGUGCAUACUCAAGAAAAGUGAAUGAAAAGGUAGAUGUGUAUAGCUUUGGAGUGGUUCUUCUGGAGCUAACCACCGGAAGAGAAGCAAAUGAUGGAGGAGAACAUGGUAGCUUAGCAGAAUGGAUUUGGCGCCACGUCCAAGAUGGUAAUAGGUUGAUGGAUGUCAUAGACCGGGAUAUAAGAGACCCAUCGUAUGUGGAUGAGGUCGCCGCAGUCCUUAAGCUUGGUAUCAUUUGCACGGGCACGUUGCCUUCCACGAGACCAACAAUGAAGGAGGUGCUGGAGAUAUUACACAGGUAUCAAAGAAUGCAUGGACUUGGGGAUAAACCCCUAGUUGAGUACGAUGGAGCUCCCCUUCUACAAAUCAAAAGGGGCGGUAGAAGUAAAAGGCCCUCCGAUGGAGACGAGGAUAAUGAUGAUGGUAGCUUGGCAUGCAAUGUGUGAAGUGAGGAAAUUAGGGAUGGAGUUGCAUUUAUGGGGCAUUCGCCGGCAUGAUUUCAACAGUGAGAUAAGUUGAUAACCUUCAGCAUACACUUCACACCAUCAAAUUAAGUGAAACUCGUAGUAGAGAGGUCCUUUGGAUGCCUUGAGAACUAGUGAUACAUGAAUGAACACAGUUAGGGUACAGUGUUUUAAAUUUAUAUGCUCGCACAACAAAAUAUCUACUAUAAUUGUUAUCUAAAAAAAAGUAAAACUCUUGGUGUACUUUCUUAAAUCAUGCAGGAUAAUAGAGCUUCACAGUUCAUAGAUAUAUGUAAACACAUAUUUCAAUUACUCGAGUGAGAUGGCUUUAGAAUUAUUGUUCUAUUAUAUUUUUCACUUUUAAGUAGAAACUCUUCACAUAUGUAAUAUUUAUUUGAGAAAUGCAAAUCAGAUCUUAUUCUUA